AUGGGUUUUCAACAAAAGCACAAGAUCACCGUCGUCGGCUCCGGCAACUGGGGCUGCGCUAUCGCUAAGAUCGUUGCCGAAAAUGCGGCUGCUUACCCCGACCUUUUCGAGGAGAAGGUAGAGAUGUGGGUGUUCGAGGAGAACGUUGAGGUGAUUAACUCUGUUCACGAGAACGUCAAGUACCUUCCAGGCAUUCAGUUGCCUGUCAACCUCCACGCCAACCCUUCCCUGGAGGACGCGGUCAAGGACAGCACCCUGCUCAUCUUCAACCUGCCCCACCAGUUCAUUAUCAAGACCUGCGAGUCAAUCAAGGGCAAGAUCUCUCCUUACGCCCGUGGUAUCUCUUGCAUCAAGGGUGUUGAUGUGAACGCCUCCGGUAUUCAUCUCUUCUCCGAGACCAUCGGCAGAAUCCUCGGUAUCUACUGUGGUGCUCUUUCCGGUGCCAACAUUGCCAGCGAAGUCGCCCUUGAGAAGUGGUCCGAGACCAGUGUGGCCUACGACCCUCCUCACCAGGACUCCAAGGCGCCCACUCCUCAGCUCACCCCCACCGGCUCGCAGACCAACCUGGUUGAGUUCCAACACAAGGAUACCUCCGGCCAAAUCUCAGAGGUCAAGCUCCAGGCUCUGCCCGUUUCCUACCCCCCAGUUGACCACGCUCUGUGGAAGUCCGUCUUCCACCGCCCUUACUUCCACGUGCGCGUUGUCAACGACGUCGCUGGUGUCUCCAUCAGCGGUGCCCUCAAGAACGUUGUCGCUCUGGCCGCUGGCUGGGUUGUCGGCAUGGGCUGGGGUGACAACGCCAAGGCUGCCAUCAUGCGUGUUGGUCUGAUGGAGAUGGUCAAGUUCGGAGACACUUUCUUCAGUGCUACCAUCGAUAACCGCACUUUCACCGAUGAGAGUGCCGGUGUCGCCGACUUGAUCACCUCCUCCAGCGGUGGUCGCAACUUCCGUUGCGCCAUGCACAGUGUCGAGCGCAAGCUCCCUAUCGAGGAGAUCGAGAAGCAGGAGCUCAACGGCCAGAAGUUGCAAGGUACCUUGACCGCCUACGAAGUCAACAGCUUCCUGAAGAACCAGGGCAUGGAGGAUGAGUUCCCUCUGUUCACUGCCGUUUACCGUAUCUUGGAGGGAACUAUGAAGGUCGAGGAAAUUCCCCAGUACAUUGAGCGCCCUCCUUCCCGCACUUCACCUGCAUCCCAAAAUUCUGGAGACAAAGACGGCGCUCGGUUCGGUGCUGCACGAUUAUGA